AGGCGAUUUUGAAUCACUUCAGGGUGACGUAAAUUCCUGAUCUUAGAAUUUUCCUGAUAUUCGAUCUUCUUCAUGAAUCUUAAUAUCGCAAAAUAGUAAUAAAUAUAUAUUUAAAGGAAAAAUAUGCUGACUGUGGGAAUCAAUGGGUUCGGCAGAAUUGGGAGGAUGUGUCUGCGCGCCUGUUUGGAACAGAAUAUCGACGUCAAACUUAUCAAUGAUCCAUUCAUUCCGACGGAUUAUAUGGUAUAUUUACUGAAAUAUGACUCAACACACGGCCCUUAUCCUCAAACGGUUGAAUGUGAAAAAGACGCCAUUGUAAUCGCAGAUGUGCCCAUUGCCACGUCUCAGGAAAAGGACCCUUCAAAGAUAAAAUGGAAACAACAUGGGAUUCAUUUUGUUAUCGAAGCCACUGGAGUCUUCACAACACUGGAAAAAGCUUCGUUGCAUAUAGACGGAGGGGCCAAAAGGGUUGUGAUAACUGCCCCCUCAAUCGACGCCCCCAUGUACGUGUUCGGUGUGAACCACUGUUGCUAUUCACCAAAAAAAGGUUCAAUUGUGUCGGCCACUUCCUGUACUACAAAUUGCGCGGGGCCCUUGAUAAAAAUUAUGAAUGAAAAUUUUCAAGUUCUGGAGGGAAUGGUGACGAGCAUUCACGCGACCACUGCAGCCCAAAAAACAGUGGACGGACCGACGGGGAAGCUCUGGAGGGAUGGCAGGAGCUGCCUUCAAAAUAUUAUCCCUACCUCCACAGGAGCUGCCAAAUGCAUUUCAAAAAUUCUUCCUGAGUUGAAGGAAAAAAUAUCUGCAAUUGCUUUUCGAGUGCCCAUUGCCAAUGUGUCUCUUUGUGACAUCACUCUAAGGGUAAAUAAACCAGUGACAUGGGAUGAAGUAAAAAAAGUCAUGAAAACAGCUUCGGAAACAACUCUCAAAGAAAUUUUACAUUACACUGAUGAUGACGUUGUUUCUUCUGACUUCAAUCAUUCGAAAUUCUCCUGUAUUUUCGAUGCAAAAGCCGGUAUACCCCAGACCAGUACUUUUGUCAAAAUCGUCGCAUGGUACGACAACGAGUUUGGAUUUGCCCACAGGAUCGUCGAUUUACUAAAAUUCAUGCACGACGUCGACGAAGGAAAAGGGUGUCCCCCAGAUCAAAUGUUUGAUUCCGAAAAUGAUGAGUAGAAUUUUAAGGACAUAUUGUACGCAGUAGAAUCCGCAUAAAGGGUUCGGUCGUUCAAUAGUUAAAUUGAGAAAUCCCUGUAUUAAAAAAUAAAAAAUAAACAGGCGCUGCGAACUGUGCGACUUUUUGUUUACUAGUAAACGUAAAAAAAAAAUUAUUUUCAACUCGUCGCAUUUUAAGAUUCAUCCAGUAUGAUACUUACAGCUGAUCACUUGAUGAUUUUUAGUAAUUAUCCAUGUGUUACCUCGUAUAACGUUCUUUAAACUAAAAUUAAAGUAUUAUUUUCAA